CGUCGACUUGAAUUUUUUUACGAUAGUUUCCUCCCUGUUUUGUUAAUGAGCAUGGCCCGCUAAAAUGCUCUCUCCCAUUCCGAUCGAUCGUCAAAUUACACCUGACAGCAGGCAGUUAUUCAUCGCACCUCAGGUAUGUGAAAUUUCCGCGGAAUUAUUCAACACAAGUGGCAGACAAUUGCCAGUGGGAGCUCCGGUGGUGUGUCGUUUCUCCAACAGUGACCGGCAGUUUUUGUGCAAGUGGUUUGCUCCUCCGGAUGACCACCUGAGAGUGCAUUCGGUUUGCUACGUAGAUCAAAGUGUGGAGCUUCUAUCAUCAUUGACAGCGGCAGCACAUAAAACUGAAUUUGAGGUGCUUCACGUGAAAGACCUGCUCGCGUUAGGUGAGGAAAUUUAUAUUUUCGAGAAGAUUUCCGUAGAGCUAAGAGUCGAUUGUACCAAACUAAAUCUCGAGUUGACCAGAGAUCGGAGGGAGCUAGCUGAGUUGGUAAAAGACCUGAUACGGACGUUGUAUCUUAGUAAAAACUGCAUAAUACGAUUAGACAACUUUGAAGAUACAAACUAUGGAAUUGUGGGUGUGCUGGUUAAAAGUACGUUGGGCCAGGGAAGCUAUGGUCAAAUUGACUCCUCUACCGUUCUCGAAAUAGACGAUAUUAUAUUCACUGGUCACAAAAGCAAACGUUCAACUCAUCUAGGAGGAUUGUCCGUCUCAAAAGUAGAGUUACAAAAAUGUUUGAAGCUAGAGGUAAAGGAAAACGUCCUGCUAGCGGGGCCUUCUGGUUCCGGAAAGAGCUCACUAAUAGCCCAAUUGGCUGAACAGGGAAACCAUCCCGUUUUCUGUAUUCGUGGGUUGGACUUUGUCAAGUCUUUCCCAGGCGAAACGGAACUAGAGCUGAGAAGGAUAUUUGAACGCUUAGAGCAGUUCACCAAAACUUUUGGAGGAAUGAAUAAAUCAAUCUUGUUAGUAAAAGAUGUCGAUACACUGUGCCCUAAACUUAGUAAUAAGAAAGGAGAAGAUAUGUCGAAUAUCGCUAGAAUAUCUUCGCAGUUUACGGCUUUACUGGAUAAGUUACAGAUUUCCGAUACUAGGAACAUUAUGAUAGGAACUACUUCCUACAUUGAGAAUUUGGAUUCAAAAAUUCGCCGUCCAGGUAGGCUUGGUAGGGAGAUUUUCAUUCGGAUACCUUCGGAAAAGCAGCGGCAGAAAAUUAUAAGCGUUUUACUUAAGCGCACAGGCUUUGAAAUAUAUUCAACUGUGUUGGAUGAAAUUAUCAAACGGACUCAAGGCUACGCAGGAGCAGAUUUGGAGCUACUAAUUCAUGCGAUCCAAAGAUCCGUUGAUAGGAAUCCUUCAAAUGAAAUGAUGAACGCAGUAAAUGAAUGUUUGCAAAAAAUGAGACCAACCUCGCUUCGGAAUUCCAUUGGCCUGAUAAGUGGGCUAACUGAUACACUCGAUUCCAUCGGAGGAAUGGAGAAAUUAAAAAAGACGCUACGAGUGUCAGUCUUGGGGCCACUGCAACACCCUCAAGCAUUUCGUCGAUUUGGGCUAAGUCCGCUGAAAGGAAUACUGCUCUAUGGUCCCCCCGGGUGUGCUAAAACAACAAUCGCCAGAUGCUUAGCCGCCGAGUCUCGAAUGACCUUCGUUUCGGUGUCUGCCGCAGAAGUGUACUCACCCUACGUUGGACAUGCGGAGAAACUAAUUACGCGAUUGUUUAAUCAAGCACGACUGAGCGCCCCAGCGGUUAUUUUCCUCGAUGAAAUCGAUUCUUUGGUGGGGAAUCGAAGUAUGCAAGGGGUUCGAUCCAAUGAUGUCCACAUACGAGUUCUUUCCACUUUGUUGACAGAAAUGGACGGAAUCGGUGUAAGUUUACAGUCGACGGUGGCAACUAGUGAUGACUCGAAGAAUAUUUUAGUAAUUGCGGCUUCUAAUCGUCCGGAUAUGAUCGAUGGUGCUCUUUUGAGACCGGGGCGUCUAAGUAAGCUUAUUCAUGUACCCGCACCGGACGAAGUGGGUCGACUGGAGAUACUGAAAAAGGUAUCGGCAAAGGUUCCUCUGGCGCAGGAUGUCUGCUUGCAGCAGUUGGCUAAGCAAACCGAGCGCUAUUCUGGAGCAGACCUGCAAAAUCUUUGCUCCCAAGCCGCCCUGCAUGGUGCUGCACUGGACGAAAAUAUUCAGCAGGUGUCGAUGGCUCACUUCCAGCACGUGCUGGAGGAAAGCGGGCCGUCGUUAACAAGCAAACAAAUCGAAUGGUACUUCCAAUAUGAAGCUAAGCAUAAAGUUUUAUGAGAUAUGCGAAACGUGUUUCGAUCGAUCAAUCUGCGGAUGACGCAAUUACCGUUCCUUUAGUUAGUGAUGACACCCUCCAAUCGAUACAUUAUUGUCG